UAGCAGAGUUUCGACGGAGAAGCUAGUGCAGGACAAUUCCAAAAGGUCCCAUCAAUGCCAGCUUGCUCACUUUCUCCUACUUCCCCUCUCUCUCUUUAUCGUUUCGUCUCGCUCACUCUCCUUCCGAAACUCUCUCUCUCUCUCUCUCUCCCAUGCAGUCUCCUCCUCCUCCUCUGUUCUUGAACCCGACCCGCUUAGCGCCGUCGCGCUCUGACUCUCACGCUCCCGUGUGACCGCGGAGAGGCGAGGACCACCCGCCAAGCUCGACACAUGAGCGACCAGCUCUCCAAGGCCACCUCGGUCUUCGGGCUCAACCUAUGGGUCGUGGUCGGCAUCUGCGUCGGCGUCGCCAUCGUCCUCCUCCUCUUCUUCAUCUCCCUCUGGCUCACCUCCCGGAAACCAAGAACCGCCCGCCCGCAGCACAACAUCCAUAGCUCCAUCCCUGUCGUGUCCAAGGAGAUCCAAGAGAUCCAAAUCCAGCACUCCCAGGUCCAGCCCGACCCGUUUCCCGACCCGGACCCGAUGCCCGAGGAGGAGGGCCUUAUUGGGUUCAACCGGAUUCACAUUGAGAUCGGCAAGGACCACAGGAUAUCGUACCCGGAGAGGUGCUACGGGUCGUCCUCACACGGGAGUGGUGGGGAAGGCGUCCCGAGGAGUGGCGAUCAGGUGGCUGCGGUCGUGCCGGAGGUCUCGCACUUGGGUUGGGGACAUUGGUACACUCUCAGAGAGCUCAAGGACUGUACCAACGAGUUCGCUGAUGAAAAUGUGAUAGGUGAAGGAGGGUAUGGGAUUGUGUACUAUGGUCUUUUGGAGGACAACACUCAGGUUGCUGUCAAGAACUUGCUUAAUAACAGGGGGCAAGCUGAGAAGGAGUUCAAAGUCGAAGUUGAAGCCAUCGGGCGUGUUCGGCAUAAGAACUUAGUCAGGUUGCUUGGCUACUGUGCUGAAGGCGCUCAUAGGAUGCUUGUGUAUGAGUAUGUCAACAAUGGGAAUUUAGAGCAGUGGCUACACGGGGAUGUCGGUCCUUGUAGUCCUUUGACUUGGGAGAUACGGAUGAAAAUCAUCUUGGGAACUGCCAAAGGGUUGACUUACCUUCACGAGGGCCUUGAACCGAAAGUGGUACACCGUGAUAUUAAAUCGAGUAAUAUAUUACUUGACAAGCAGUGGAAUUCUAAAGUCUCGGACUUUGGCCUUGCCAAGCUGCUUUGUUCAGAUAAUAGCUAUAUCACUACUCGUGUGAUGGGAACAUUCGGCUAUGUAGCCCCUGAAUACGCGAGUACGGGCAUGCUCAAUGAAAGAAGUGAUGUAUACAGUUUCGGUAUUCUGAUCAUGGAGAUAAUUUCUGGGAGAAACCCUGUUGAUUAUAGCCGCCCUCCGGAAGAGGUGAAUUUAGUUGAUUGGCUCAAGAAGAUGGUUACUGACAAAAACCCAGAGGGAGUAUUGGACCCCAAGUUGCCUGAGAAGCCUACUUCAAGGGCAUUGAAGCGGGUACUUCUCGUUGCUCUAAAAUGUGUCGACCCUACUGCACAGAAGCGCCCAAAGAUGGGCCACGUCGUACACAUGCUUGAAGCUGAGGAGUCUCCUUUCAAAGAUGAUCGUAGAGCUGGAAGGGACGUGGGACGUGCUAAUGGCGAAAGGUCGCAGGUCGGGUCGAAAGAGACUAAAGUGACAGAAACAGGUGGCAGUGACCGAGAAAACGUAACUUCUGUUAAUGAGGCGCCUAGACAUCAAGAAACCGAAGAGCAGAACCUGUAAAUUCCAAUGUCCUUCCAGAGAAAAAUUCUUGCGGUUAAUAUAAUAAUGCUUCAUUCAGAAGAUGUCAUUCUUUAGCGGUGGCGGGCUUUCAGAUAAGUUCAUUUACAAUUGCGUUUCAAUCCAUUCUGUUUCAUAUGGUCGAUUUUCUUGCAAGUCCCUUCCGAUCAAAGCUAUCAUACUAGCUUCAGCAUGUAUUAUAUAUACAUUGUAGCCGAGCUUGAUUAAAUUUUUCCUUCUCGUGUAAUAUGUAUUUGAAUACUACCCCUGUGGCGAUUGCUGUUGCUGCAGAGGAUUACCUGCAACUGUCUUGAGCUUGAGAGAAUGUCUUGUAGAUGACUAUUACAAUGGUGAAACAGUACCCAAAAGAACAGAGGAGGGACCGAGUUUUCAA